AUGGUUGGACGUUGUGGUGGUCCUGGCGGGCUUCAGCGCUUUGCAAUCGGCCUGUGCUUUGUCGUCGGCUGCAUGCUGAGAUCGGCAUUUUCCCUGCAGCACGCAGGCGGGGAGGCUUGGCCUUUGACAUUGAUUGCCAGUGCACACAGCUUGCCACUCGUCGUUAAGAUCUCCACGUCAGACCGCCCCGCCUACCGAACAUUGCAAAGUGACAUGGUUCUGCGUCUCACGGUUCGAGACAUCUCAGUACUUGCAUUUGACCCUGGCCUGGCGCAGUGUCAAGAUAUUCUGUCAGAGACUGUCAACCUACCAGCACCACACAGCUGCACAACUUCUUCCGAUGGUUCGGCUGUGUACCUCGCGUUCUCUGCCGACUAUGCCUUGCAGCCGGUUACGACGUACUUCUUCGUGUUGCGCCUCCUGCUGCUUGCGCCUGGAGACCUGCGACAACGGACCUUGCUUUGCGAAGUGCUGGAGGAGUUCGAGGUCAUCGACAGGUUUGGGAUCGUUCUGGGUACCAUCGCGGCGUCGCCACCGCAGCCGAUCCUCCAGCUGUCGGAGUUUCACAUCUCUGCAGCCAGCUUGGUGCCUGAGCAGGUGUUCAUCCUCGAGGUGCGUCUGGCCGCCGCCUCGGCGGCCACGGCCGUGGAUGCUGGGGCCCAGGGCAGCGUUGUGAUGUGGGCCAGGCCCCUGAUGCUUUGGGAUUUUUCUGCGGUGAGCCCCUGCUCCGUGGAGAGCAGUGGCGGGCUGGCUGGACUGGUGGGUGGGGGCACCUGCAGCUUCCUACGGUUCCCCGUCAGCAGCGCCGCCUCCGUUCUGGACAACGUCGGCCUCAACGCCAUCCGGCUGGUGCCCGCAGGCAGGAUCGGCGUGGAACCGGUGACAUUCCGAUUCAGGCUCAAUGCUCCCAAGGCCGGAACGCUUGGCGUGCGAUGGUAUGCUCAAGCGCAGCAGCUGGGUCAGGCUGCACACGGCGCCAUCAACUCGGAUGCCGGGCUGAGUGUGGCGCCCGUGCCUUCCGCCUUGAUCAGCUACUCCCGGAAUGCGGCGGCCGGGGCGGACAACACGGUGCAGAUCGUUUUCAAGCCCGGGAUCACCUUCUCUGGCAGGGGAAUGCUCCGCGUCGACGUGCCGAGCUUAUUCCAGGUCAUUGUCGCCGAAGUGCAGGUCAGCGGCUUUGCACGUCUCAGCAGCAGCCCCAGCAUCGUGCUGGGCAGCCAGAGCGUCACGAUCGAGCUCGGAGCCACCGAUGUCCUCUGGACUGGGGUCAGCUACGUCCAGAAUCCGGAGGUGGCCACGCUGCCCUCGGCAUGUUCCGAUGUGCUGUCCGCCUUGGUGACAGAGUCAGACCUGCUUGGCAUCUUGGCCACCUCCACCUUCGUGCCCGGCGCGCCGGAGGUGGGCCGCCCCGUGCAGGCCACGGCCACUGCGGCCAUCGGCGCCAUGAGGCCCUGGGUCCCCAAGAACCUUCGAAUGCUGGGCAUGCGAGGGUGCAAAGUGCUCAUGGACUCCGGGAUCCUGGAGAACAUCCUGCUGCCGCUCCACGGGGCAUUCCUGUCCCCUAGCGGCUCGGUGGCGUUUGGAAGCAACUUGGCCGUGGAGCAGCUGAACACCUUGCAGGUGGGAUGUGCAGGGAAUGCGGCCAUAUCGUUAUUUAUGCUGGAACGUGUAUGUUCACCGAACCAUGCUUGCGCUUUGGGGGUUCUUAUGUUGGGAGUAACGCGGGUUGGAUCGUUUCGACGCAGCGGCGUGCUUGUACGCACACUGGGCCUCGAAAUCGAUGGCUCGCUCGGUGUUCCCUGUGACCCUGUGACGUUCUCCCUGGGCCGCGUGCGAAUUUCAAGCCGGGAGCGAUCGCCCCAGUGGGCCUGUGACGUUCUAGCUCAGGUCUUCUUCAAAAACUCGCUGAGCUUGCUGUCGACAGACGCUUCGAUUUCCUUGCAAGGGCCAGAAGAGUUCCUCUUCGCGUGUCUCAGCCUCUCAGCUCCCGCGGCCACGGAGACCGUGUUCCCAGAGCUUGGGGAUCCGGACUGUGUGUCUGCGCCGGGCCUGCUAACCCUCAGCUUGUCUCCGGGACAGUUCUUCGCCGCGGGAACGCCGUUCUCCUUCCAGAUUGACGUUCUCAACCCGACCUUGAGUCAGGCAGCGGCCAUCCAGAGCCGCGUCGAAGCCCUGCGGGCCAAGUACUGGGACUUCAGCCCCUGGUCCCUCGCCCUGCCGCCGGGCAGUCCAGGGGCGUCUCAUGCCAGGCAGCGCCGUUGA